AUGGAAUUGAUUUGUCUUAGAUCAUUGAGCUUGUGUUCUCGUCUUUGGUUGGAUCAAAUCAUUGAACUUUCUAGCCCAAAUUGGAAAGCUGAAGAAUGUAUUCAGGAAAUUGUUGACAAGAUUUGUCAGGUUCCAAUUAUUGCAAAAUAUCACGUGGGAAUCAGAUCUCGCAUAGAGGAAGUAAAAUCAUUGUUGAAUGUUGAAUCUGGCGGUGUUUAUUUUGUCGGGAUCUGGGGAUUGGGUGGUGUUGGGAAGACAACCAUUGCAAGAGAAAUUUUUGAUGAGAUCUCUUGUCAAUUUGAAGGGUCUUGUUUUCUUGCAAAUGUUAGGAGAGCCUUGGAAAAACAUGGGCAGGAAGGCGGCCUACAACAUUUGCAACAGAAGCUUCUUUCUAAGAUCUUGAAAUACUCUGUGAAAGUAGCAAAUUUUGCCAGAGGAGGCAAAAUGACAAGCCAAAUGCUUCGUUUCAAGAAGGUUCUAGUUGUUCUUGAUGAUAUGGAUGACUGCCACCAGUUGGAAUAUUUAGCUGGAAAACGUGAUUGGUUUGGUGAUGGCAGCAGGGUCAUUACAACAACUAGAAACAUUGAUUUACUUAGCAAGCAUGAUGUGUUAUAUCGUGUCCCAGAACUGACUAACCAUGAGGCAUUAGAACUUUUUAGUUGGUACGCCUUUCAUCAAGGAACUCCAGUUAAAGACUUUGAAGAGCUCUCGUGUUGUGUAGUAGAUUAUGCUGAAGGCUUACCCUUAUCUCUGGAGGUCUUGGGUAAUUUUCUAUACAAUCAAGGGAUGGAAGAGCAGAGAAGUGCAUUAGAUAGACUCAAAGAUUUCAGAGAUGGGAAAAUUGUUAGGCUACUCAGCUCAGGUCUAGAUGCAUUGGGGAACGAAUACAAGAAUAUGUUUCUUCAUAUUGCAUGCUUCCUUAGAGGAAAAAAGAAAGAAGAUGUGAUUACAGUACUGGAUAGACUUGGCUUCAAUUCAGUAAAUGGAAUAGAUGUCCUUAAAAGAUCAUUUUUAUAUAUCUCAGAAGGAAAGAUUGAGAUGCAUGAUUCGAUAGCACAAAUGGGUCAGCAAGUGGCACGUGAUGCUGAGCAGGGCAAGCCAUGGAAUUGCAGUAGACUGUGGCAUGAAAAAGAUGUGAAAACUCUUCUUCUGCAAAUCAGAAAUUUGUAUCUGAGUAAUGAAAUGUAG